AUGCCCGACCAAGGACGGCUUGAAUCAGCCAAGCUCCAGCAGGAGACGCUGUCAAAUGCUCAACCCAGACGAGCAGGCACCAGCCGCUCUCCGCGCAAAUGGCCUGUAUGUGUUUCAGGUUACUUUGCCGUGGUGAUCGCGGCAUGCGUGCUGAACUUGCAGCUUUCUCUGGCCCUGUUGGUGGUGACCCCGCUGGCUGUCUUCUUUCUUCUGUGGGACUGGCUGAUGGGCCGCUACGGACACCGCCUCUGGGACGCCCUGCAACCCACCAGGAACACCCUCAACACACACUGGCUCUGGGUCAAAUGGGUGGUGUGUGUGCUGCUGCUGGUGGCAGUGGUGUGCUGGCUGGUGUUUGACACGGCCAAACAGGGAUCGCGGCAGCUGGUCUCUUUCUCCGGACUCUUCUGCUUCGUAAUGCUCAUGCUGGUGUUCUCGAGGAACCCAUUCAGGGUGUCAUGGCGAACUUUACUGUGGGUAAAGUUCUUGUUUGGACUCAUCAUCCUCAGAACCAAAGCAGGAUUCACUGCUGUAGACUGGCUGGGCCAUCAAGUGGAGGUAUAAUAUACUUCUACUGACCAAGGCGCAGCGUUUGUGUUUGGCAACAAAUGCACAGACCACUUCUUUGCAUUCCAGGUUCUGCCUAUUGUAGUGUUCUUCAGCACUGUCAUCUCUAUACUCUACCACCUUGGCUUCAUGCAGUGGCUCAUCCUCACGGUGGGCUUCAUAAUGCAGAUUACUAUGGGAACUUCUCCCACAGAGUCAAUGGUCGCCACUGGCAACAUAUUUGUGGGACAGACAGAAUCUCCACUCUUGAUUCGUCCGUACAUCUCCCGGCUGACCUUGUCAGAGAUCCAUGCCGUGAUGACAGGAGGGUUCUCCACCAUCGCUGGCAGUGUACUGGGAGCCUUCAUCUCUUUUGGGAUUGAACCAUCCCACUUGCUGACAGCCUCCGUAAUGUCAGCCCCGGCCUCCCUGGCUAUCGCCAAAACCUUCUGGCCAGAGACAGAGAUCCCCAAAGUCACAGCCAAGAAAGGCCUCAAACUGGAGACAGGGGAGGGCAGUAACCUGCUGGAGGCAGCGUCUCAUGGAGCGUCCUCCUCUAUUGUCCUGGUGGCCCUGCUCGCUUUCCUCAAUGCCGCUCUCUCAUGGCUGGGCAACAUGUUCAACUACCCCCAGCUCAGCUUCUCUAUCAUCUGCUCGUACGUAUUCAUGCCUUUGUCCUUCCUGAUGGGUGUGGCCUGGGAGGACAGCUUCAUGGUGGGCGAGCUGAUUGGCUACAAGACCUUCUUCAAUGAGUUUGUGGCCUAUGAGAGGUUGGCAAAACUCAUCAAGAGGAGAGAGGACAGAGGCCCAGAGUACGUGGACGACGUUAAGCAGUACCUGUCUGUCCACUCUGAAACCAUAGCGACGUAUGCUCUGUGUGGCUUCGCGAACAUCAGCUCUCUGGGUGUGGUGAUCGGAGGCCUCUGUGAGUCAAGCCCUCUAACAUCUCGGAGGGGUGAUAUUUCCAGGUGUGCCGUCAGAGCUCUUAUCUCAGGCACGGUGGCAUGCUUCAUGACAGCAUGCAUCGCAGUUGUUCGCCCUUCUAACAUGACUCUGGAAGGAGGAUUCAGUAUGGCUUCUCUCAAAGGCUGUUGCGCCAUCCUGUCCUCGCCACACUUCAACUGCAGCCUGGUCUACCCCCGAGAGGUAGGAGGAGGACAGAGAGAAGAGGAUGGAAAGAGGAGCAUGGAGAAUGGAAGCACCCUGACCUCUUUCUUGUCACAAGUCAAGUGUAAACAUUCUGAUAUAGUUUAA